AUGUUUCCGCUUAUUGAUACCACAAACCAACAUUAUUCUCUAUUUAAUCAAAGAAAAACCCAAUUCAAUAAACAACCAAUUAGAUAUACUCAAUUCUCUCCAAUAAGUUCAGAACAUCAAUACGAAUCAAUGUUAGAACCAAAUCUUAAUGAUGUUGUUCAACCUCAAACAUGUCAUUUUAGACCUAUUACAAUGGAUAGUCCACACCAAUUAUCUAUAAGUCAAAACACACAAAUACAACUUCCUAAUGAAGAAACUAUGUCAUGUCGUAUUUCUUCUGGACUUGGUUCUAUACAACUUCCAGUUGUUAAUCAAACUUAUAAUUAUUCCAGUGAAAUCAGUCAUAUAACAAAUACAUCUUCACAACAACAUCCAUUACCUUUUCAAGAUCAGGAAAUGUCAGAAAUAAAAAUAGAGAGACAAGAUACUCCUAAUUUAAACGAAACUUCCCUUCAACCAUCAUUGCCUUCUAAACUUUAUACUACACAACGUACUUCUAUAUCUCCAAUGAUUGAAAGAACAUUAUUUUCUCCUAUUAAUACUACGUCAUUCUCAACUAAACCAAUUAGUACUUUGGGACAUCCUCGUCCAUUUUCAGCAACAGGAGAGGUUGUACUUCAGCCAGUACACCGAUCAAUGUUUUCUCCAAUUGCCCUUCCAAACCAGAAUGAAAUAUUGCAUGGAAGUCGACCACAAAGUGUUCCAGGUAAUUAUAACCAAAGUGAACUUACUGUUCCAAAGGAUUUAGACGUUAAACGAUAUACAAAAUAUGAAGGAAAGAAAGAAUUUCAGUCAUAUGAAGAAGCAAUAAAAUUCCUUACUGAAUGGGCUGAAGGAUGUGGAGUAGUUUUACGUAAAGGUAGUGGUAAUAAUAAAACAAUGAAAGAUGGAACUAAGAAGAAAGUAGUUCUUGUGUGUCAAUGCAGUGGAAAGUAUCGUAGUUGUUCAGGAUCUCCUACUGAAGAGAUUUGUUGUCAGACAAAAGGAAUAAAGAAAAGAAGGUCAAAAAAGACUGAAUGUCCAUUUAGAAUUAAUUUAAAUUAUAGAACAAAAACAAGAACGUGGAAUAUUACUAAAAUGAUAUUAGAACAUAACCACAUGUAAUAGAAUUAUAAUUAUUAGAAGUGAUUGUUAAGUAAAAUAGUUUAUUG